UUAGUAAACUGUGAUAAAAAACAUAAAACUACGUUCGAUGUUAAUUUGCCCAAAGAAUAUGGAUUAGAAUUAACCAUGGAUUUCUUGAUUUUCCUAUUGAUCGUUGCUAUUCUGUUUAUAAUUUGCAAAGUCUACAAUUAUGUAAACCCUAAAGAACCAAAUAAAGAUAUUCAUUCAAUUACAUUCUUGGGUUUAUUGAUGCGGAUGAUUAGAAAACCAGAAGGAAGUGAUAAGUUUUAUUUACGUUUUAAAGAAUAUUUCGAAAGGGAUGGUGUUGUGAAGCUUUAUUUUAAAGGAAGGUGGAUUUGCAUGAUAUCUGAUCCAGAAAUUGCUAAAGAUUUAUGUUUACGACUCGGAUCUGUGGCUGAACGGCAUUUUGGUGUGAAUGUUGUUCAUUCAAAUGGCGAUGUUUGGAAGCGACAUAGACGCGUGUGUAACCCUGCAUUUAAAGCUUUGCCAGUACACCUUUUUGUUGAAAAGGGUUUAGAAUUAAUGGAUAUUUUAGAAAGAGUCGAUAAUAAGCCUAUUGAAGUCAAAGAUUUUAUGCAAAGGUUGACUUUAGAUGUUCUUGGAAAAGUUUCCUUUAAUUUUGAUUUUAAUGAUAUAAUUAAAGAAAAACGUAAAUCUUUAGCUGCUGGACAAUCUAAUGGAGAUCUUUUGGAGCUUAUGUUAAAGGCUUGUGAAGAUCCUGAUAAUCCAACGUUAUCAGAUAUUGAACUAAGACAUAAUUUAGCCAUUUUUAUGGUUGCAGGUCAUGACACAACCGCAAAUGCUUUAUCGACUCUUUUAUAUCUUUUAGCAGUUCAUAAAGAUGUUCAAAAAAAAGCCAGAGAAGAGGUCUUAAAAAUACUUGGUGAUGAUCUAACACCAUCGGCAGAACAUCAUGCGUCAUUAAAAUAUUUAAAUAUGGUUAUUCGUGAAAAUCUUAGAUUAUAUCCUCCAGUUCCAACUUUGCCAUUACGUGUAAUAACAGAAGACUUAAAAUAUAAAAACUUCUUGAUUCCGGCUGGCACACUUAUUGGUCUCUUUUUAUAUGGGAUACAACAUUCGUCAAAGCUUUGGGAAAAUCCUGAAGAGUUUUUGCCUGAAAGAUUUGAAAAUGAACAUGAAAAUUAUUCUUGGUUGGCUUUUGGUGGUGGAUCUAGAAUGUUUGUGCUUAGGAACCAAUUUUUCUCUUAUUGA